GUCCUUUCCUGCAAUUCCAGCAAUGCUUGCGAUCUCUUCCUCUCACAUUUUUUCGUUAUAAACUGUUUGUGUAAAUAAAUUUGUUUAUUGAAAUUGUUUUGUAUUGGAGGAGGUUUCAAUGGCCUCUAUUAAAGAAGAUGGAGAUGAUUCACUCAGUUCUUCAUCCUCGCCAAUGAGCGUAUAUAAAGAUCCGGAUGAUGGAAGGCAGCGGUUUUUGCUUGAAUUGGAAUUUAUCCAAUGCUUAGCCAAUCCCACCUACAUCCACUAUUUGGCCCAGAAUCGCUAUUUUGAAGAUGAAGCUUUCAUUGGCUACCUUCAAUACCUUCAAUACUGGCAACAGCCAGAGUAUGUAAAAUUUAUAAUGUAUCCUCAUUGCUUAUAUUUUCUUGAACUUCUCCAAAAUGCUAGCUUCCGCAGUGCAAUGGCACAUCCUGGCAACAAGGAAUUGGCGCAUCGGCAACAAUUCUACUUCUGGAAGAAUUAUCGGAACAAUCGGUUGAAACAUAUUUUACCAAGACCCCUUCCUGAACCCGUUGCUGCACCCCCUGUGUCUGCUCCUCCUCAGCUGCCUGUACAACCUGUGCCACAUGUUCCAUCUACAAUAGCUGUUACAGCACCUCCUGCUCCAGUCCUUUCUCCUAUGCAGUAUGCUAUUCCCCAUGGAUCUGCUCUUGGGAAAAAUGAUAUCCGGAGUAGUGGGGUUGAUCGAAGAAAAAGAAAGAAAGAAGGAUAACUUGCACUCUGUUGUAUGAUGAAAGAAAGAGAAGGGGGAAACUACCAGCUGAGAUAGUUAUCAACGUUUCCUUCUCCUCCUACUUCAUGAAACUGAAGAGAAAAUUGAUGUAAAAAUCUCUAUUAAAAAAUGUUCAAACUAUGAUAAGCCCCUUUGUAGUAACAGAUAUAGCAUUUUGAUGAUUCUUAAUCGGCUCGUUUACUAGAUCAUUCUAAUGCUUCUUGAAUGAUGAUCUGCAUGGAAGUUUUUCUGCUCCAA